CUGCCUUCGGAAGCUUUGCGCUAGUCUGUAGAAGGAAGUUGUGGGAAUUGCCGAUUCAAUUGGUUCGCUUUGUCCUUCAAUAUUACCUCUUCCACUCAUCUCGACCAAACCAGUCCAUAAAACAGCAUUGUGACUCGGGAUUCUGGUAUUGGAGACCCUUCGGAGCUGCUCGUACUUUGACUGGCCGGAACCAUGCCAACUGUGGACGCAAACGGAAUCACCAUUAAUUAUCGUCUCGAAGGCAAUCAAGACUCCAAGCUCCUUGUACUAAUCAACGGUCUUGCAGAUGAUCUCACAACAUGGGAUCUGCAAGUACCCGCCUUUCUCAAUGCGGGCUACAGAGUGCUCCGCUACGACAAUCGAGGCAUCGGCAAAUCCAGUAGACCACCUGGACCGUACACGGCAGAAACGAUGGCAAAUGACUUACAUGGCCUGGUCUCCGGGUUGGAUCUAAAGGUAUUUCACCUACUAGGCAUAAGCAUGGGCGGUAUGAUUGCCCAGGCUUACGCUCUCAAAUUCCCGAACGGUUCGCCACAAGCGAACGGCAUCAAGAUGUCAAGCCUUUCCCUGUGCUGCACGUAUGCACAACCAACUCUGUUUUGUUCACGGAUGUUCGAGCUAUGGGCAGAAAUGGCACAGCGCAUGUCCGUCCAACACGUAAUGAGAGACGUCACUCUGUGGGCUUUUACAGUACCUUUCUUCCGUACAAGACCAGACGAGCUGGCGGAGUUCGAAGAUGCUAUGAAGAACCUGGACAUGAAGACGCCCGAGUACCUUGCGCAACUUAACGUGAUACAGCAGUUUGAUACGAACUAUGAGCUCGAGAAUUUGAAUGCGCGCGAGCAGACGUUGGGUGGGCUGGAGCCUAGGCAUGUCAUGGUGUUGGCGGGAAAGGUUGAUAUACUCAUUCCGGUGCAGCUGAGUAGGGAGCUGGCGGAGAAGAUUGAGGGGUGUCAGUUUCUGACGACCAAGGGAGGGCAUGGGUGUUGUUGGGAGUUUCCAGACGACUUCAACAAGACUGUGCUCUCGUUUCUGGAGGGCGUGUAGCGCGACACUGGGUAAAUGUGAUGUCAACAUCGCGAAAUGGAACCUUACCCUGCCUGAGAAGCGAGUGCAGAAACGGAAGUUCCUGCCAAGAUUAUGCCAUGAGACAUGCAUGGGAACUCCUUCGCUACAGAAGCCGGAAAUAGGCCUCAAUGCCG